AUGACCACAAUCACCAUGGAACCCUCGCAGUUCAAGUCUGAAAAGAUGACCUUCAGUGUCCUGGCAGCCUCUGCGCCCGUCAUGGUACCCCGACUGGGUAAAUUGGCACUCGCCGGCCGCAAGACACUCUCAACGCCGCAUUAUAUCCCUCUCACAUCGCGGGGCACUGUGCCACACAUUGCGCACGACAUGCUGCGUAAAGAAACGGCCUUGAACAGCCUCUACAUUGGAUUAGAAGACUUCAUCACCAAGAAAAACCCCUCACCAGUAUACAACAUCCCCGUCACCGAAGGCGAAUCCCCCUUACGAAAUUUCAUCUGCGCAACCGACGACAUGCCCAUAAUCCUCGCCCCGCGCCGAUUCCCCGCAAUCCCCUGCCCACCCAAUAACACCGAUACCUCAAUCGCAAUCCUAACCUCAGUCGGAUUCCGCCAACUUCCCGCACACCAGUACCUAGACUCAAUCCGGACCCUGAAACCAGAUAUCGCCAUCGGACUUGCAGAUAUCGUGUACGGCCGCGAACCAGGCGUCAAAAGGCGGGCGAAAAUGGUCGACCGCACGCACGCCUUUACACAAGACGCAUUGGAAAGAUUAUACGGCAAAUCAGUACCAGCGGAGCAAAAGCAAAAGUCAACGGAUACUGCGUACUUCGCCCCUGUACUGCCGUUGGAUAAUGCGCAGCAAUCGCUUUACCUGGAUGAUUUGCAGGAUGAAUUGAAGAGUCACGUUUCUGGCCUUGCGUUGUACGAAUCUGCUUCUUUGGCGCAGAUUCCUGAGUCGUUGGGUGCUUUGCCUCGUCUAUUGCUUAGCCAGCCGGGUGGUCCGCACGAUUUGCUUAGGGACGUUUCUCUUGGUGGAGAUUUGUUGACUCUUCCUUUUGUUGGCGAGUGCUCGGAUGCGGGAAUUGCGUUGGACUUCACAUUCCCCACUGCAUCGGAUGUGAAUGCGAAUGCGAAUGGGUCAGCUUUGCAGCCCAAAGCCCUUGGCAUUGACUUGUGGUCUGCAGAUACGGCGAAGGAUGUAUCUGCCCUGAGUGAUGGCUGUCAAUGCUACGCCUGUCGGAAACACCACCGUGCUUACUUCAAUCAUCUCCUCAAUGCGAAGGAAAUGGCUGCGUGGGCUCUUCUUCAAAUGCACAAUUACCAUGUCAUGGAUGUCUUCUUCGCGGGUGUGCGGGAUAGUAUUCAGCGUGGGACAUUUGAGGAGGAUGUGCAGUCUUUCAGCCGUAUGUAUGUCUCCGAGUUGCCUCAGCGGACUGGCGAAGGACCUAGGUUGCGCGGCUACCAACUUCAAGCCGGUCCUCACAAGCGCGGACCGCGCGUGUACGGGCGUCUCGAUGAUGUUUCACAGAAAUUCGCCGAGUCACAGUCUUCUGUUGCGACGCCGGAUACCGAUGCCAGUGGACUUGAGCACCACGGAUUUGCUAAGAAGGUGUAA